CAGAUUUGCCAUGUGAUUUGUAUCUCUGAAUUUGUAUCCAUAGGUUUUUAUUUUAAAAAUUUCUAAUAUUAUUCUUUUUGCUUAGUACUUUUGGUAAAAUGGGGAAACUAGAUGUUGCUAUAUUACGGUAUUUAACUGCAGAAGACUUUCGUGUGUUGACAGCGGUUGAAAUGGGAAUGAAGAACCACGAACUAGUCCCGGGGUCUUUAGUUGCAUCCAUAGCAAAUCUUCGACACGGUGGUGUAUACAAACUGAUGAAAGAACUAUGUAAACAUAGGUUGUUAACAUACGAACGGGGAAAGCAUUAUGAUGGAUAUCGUCUCACCAAUGCAGGCUAUGACUACUUAGCUUUGAAAGCUUUGGCAAAUCGCAAAGUGAUAGCUUCUUUUGGUAAUCAGAUUGGUGUUGGCAAGGAGUCCAAUAUUUACACCGUAGCUGAUGAAGAUCAUAAUCCACUGUGUCUCAAACUUCAUAGGUUAGGUCGCACAUGCUUUCGAAACAUAAAAGACAAACGGGACUAUCAUGCGCACCGCAACACAGCUUCGUGGUUGUAUCUGUCGCGCAUAUCUGCCACGAAAGAGUUCGCCUACAUGAAAGCAUUGUAUGAUAGAGAGUUUCCCGUCCCUAAACCCAUAGACUUCAAUAGACACUGUGUAGUUAUGGAACUCGUGCGAGGAGGGCCUCUCACCCACGUAACCGCAGUGGAUGAUCCUGAAGCCUUAUAUGAUGAACUAAUGAACCUCAUAGUUCGUCUGGGUAACUGUGGUGUGAUACACGGGGACUUCAACGAGUUCAACAUCAUGAUAGACGAGGCCGGCCACCCUAUCAUCAUCGACUUCCCACAGAUGGUCUCCACUUCACAUACCAAUGCUGAGUUAUAUUUCGACCGUGACGUGCGUUGCGUACGCGAGUUCUUCAAGAAGCGUUUCGGCUACGAGAGCGAGUUGUUCCCGCGCUUCUCUGAUCUACAGCGCGACGACAGAUUGGAUGCAGACGUAGCAUGUUCCGGAUACAAGCGGAGCAAAGGAGACGAUCAACAAUUGCUGCAGGAGAUGGGUAUAGAUCUAGCAGUGGAAGGUGAGGAGUCCAGCUCUGAGGAAGAAGAAAUGACACCACCACAACCUGUCUCUAACUAUACGGACGACGAACUUACCAAACUGCGGGAACAGGUUGAGGCUUCCAUACAUGACGACGAAACCAAACCGAUAGGGGAAGUCGUGGUGAAAACUAAAGAACUCCGCAUCACAGGGCAAGAGGAAGACUCAGAAGCGCCGGAACUGAUAAAAGUCGACACUGAAUCAGCUAAAUCUAAAAAUGCGCACGAUGAAACGUCACCGGAAAAGAACUCACAGGAGUGCAGACUGGCGAUGAUAGAGAAAGCCUUAUCUGACGCCAGGUCUAUGAGGACUUAUACGUCAGCUAGUACCAUAGCCCCGGAAGUUGUUAAGCAGCAAGUCAAAAGGAAUUUAGAAGCGAGACAGAAACAGAUGGAGAGAAGGAAGGCCAUAGCGAAAGGCGAAGCUAGCGCCACCACGCGGACGCGGCGGGACAACCGCGAGACUAUACGCGAAAGCCACGGACUGUGGGGGUGGGACGAGUGA